AUGGAAGAAAAGAACGCUGAGGUGUAUGAGCCUGUGAGGGACAGACCGGAACACACUAAACAGUUAUUGGAGCACCUCACAGAGACUGAAAAGAUUUUUUUAUUUGGUGCCAAACACAAUGAGGCCCAAUUCGAGGUGGUCCACCUCAAGCACCCGAAACGCCGCAAACGCUCUCUUUUCCACGAGGACCAAGACAUAGCCACUUUGAAGCAGCAUCUCAAUGUCCAAGUGACCCCUAGGACCAGUUUCCUAGACCCUCAGUUCCUACUGAUGAGAAGGUGGUCCAACAAUACUGAGACGGUGUUGGACCAGCAUGGUGACGAAGAGUUGGACCAGUGUUACUACAGGAGUGAUAAUGCUGCGUUAUAUCUUUGUGAAGAUGUGAGAGGAGUGAUAAAAUCGAACAACAAUAUCUACACUAUACACCCUUUACCUGAGAGAUUUCAUACUGAAGACUCCAAGUCCCACGUCAUAGUCAAACGUCACGAAACAGAUCAAAAUAACAGUGAUCAACCAACUUGCAUAGAACAGGUAGAUACAAAUAAACCAAUAAGUCCAGAACCCGUCAGAAUAUGGACUAAGCAUAGGAGAAAAAGAGACUUAGAAGAUAAACAAGAGACAAAGGAUUUAGAAGGACUUAAGCUAGACCUAACUCAUAAAAACAAAACUAUAGGAUCGUUUAUCAAAAAACUAGUUAAAGACCCUAAGAGACAAAAACGAGCAAUAAUGCCAGCGAUUUUUGUCGAAACAGCAGUGUUUGUAGACAGAGAUUUGUAUAAACACAUGACAAUAAACUUUCCAAAAGAGACUGAGAGAGAAUUAGUGAGGUUCGUUUUAGCAAUGAUCAAUGCUGUACAGCUUUUGUACCACGACCCGUCUUUGGGGAGGCCAGUGAACUUUAUACUUAAGAGAUUAGAGAUCCUUCAUGAAGACCCGGUGAAUCUGAAGAGACCUCAUGAUAUAGACAGGUUUUUGAGUAAUUUCUGCACGUGGCAAAGACUGGAGAACCCACCUGGGGACAAUGACCCUCUGCACUGGGACCACGCUUUAAUACUUACUGGGUUGGACCUGUAUGUUGUGAACAAGAAUGGCAAAGUCAGCAGUCAAGUCGUGGGUCUAGCCCCGGUAGCUGGUAUGUGCACUGUCACCAGCAGCUGCACAGUGAACGAAGGUCGCCAUUUUGAAAGCGUGUACGUGGUAGCACAUGAAAUCGGACACAAUCUGGGCAUGCGUCACGACGGGCCUUUAGCUGACAACGGCUGCGACCCCAGCGCGUACAUCAUGAGCCCGACCCUGGGCAGCGGCAAGAUCACCUGGUCGCAGUGCAGCAAGAACUAUCUCCAGAAGUUCCUAGACACAGUUCAGUCCCGCUGCCUGCUAGACCACGGCAACUCAGCGGGGCAGUUGGAUCACAGCGCUGAAGGCAUCCUGCCGGGGGAGAGGUUUGAUGCUGAUCAGCAAUGUAUGCUCAAGUACGGUCGCGGAAGUCGCCACGCGGCCGCACAGAACUUAGAAGACGUCUGCCGAGACCUGCACUGUCAGAGGGAGCGAUAUACUUGGACCUCGCACCCCGCGCUGGAGGGAACCAGGUGUGGGGAAGAUAUGUACUGCCGCGGUGGAGAAUGUGUGGAACGUUCUGGAUCAACGUUGAAGCGAGGGUCGUGGGGCAAAUGGUCGGGCUGGUCGGAAUGCGCGUCUGCUUGCCUGGUAGAUGACACCCUGGCUCCGGCGGCCGCUGGCGUGGCUGUGGCUACCAGGAGGUGUAAUAGACCUAGGCAUAACGGCAACAACUAUUGCGGGGGACAUGACAAGAAGUACCAAUCGUGUCAUGCUCAACAGUGUAGUAAUGUACCUCGGAUGACAGUGCGAGAGUUUGCUGAUCAGAUCUGCCUGAGAGCUAGAGAAGUGGACCCUGAUCUCAUCGGGACUGGACUGCAAAGAAUUGAUUCUGACGACGUAAGCAGCGCAUGCGCAGUGUGGUGUGACACCAGGGGAGGCGGCUACAAGUCCAGGGGGUGGAGCCUGCCAGACGGCACGGCUUGCUCCAGGAUGUCCCCCAUGUUCUGCAUUUCUGGAGUUUGUCAGAAAUUCUCUUGUUCUGCCAACGUUGACACAGAGUUCGCACUACGACCAAGCGACUGUGAAUGGGAAGCAUUACAGCUGCAAAGUGCUACACAACAUAGCGUUUCAACAAAAACAUCAGGAACAUGGCGCCGCGCCGUGGGCUCGCAAUGGCGCGCCGCCAGCGGCUGCCACUACCACUGCGUGUCUCCUGGAAGCGGCAUCCGCCUGGUCCGGUCAGCCUCCAGAUCCUUGACCAGCAUACAACUGUGUACACCUGAUACCACGCGCCGAGACCUGGGCUGCACGCAAAGAAAAUCUCCGUACCAAUACGCGACCAUGGUGUGCACCAAGUACAAAGAGAGAGUUAGAAGACUGUCUGGGCUGGGCAUGCAGAUAUCUCCGGCCGUAGAGGACCCCGACCGGCCAUGCCGCAUAGCCUGCCAAGACGAGCGUGUGUCUCAUAGAUUCUACCUGGUGAACGGGCAGGAAGGAUGGUUCCCGCUUGGCACUUCUUGCGGGAAGAAGAACGCUUCUUACUGCGUUAGCGGGAAGUGCUUAGAAUUCGGUCCCGACAACACGCCGCUCUCAGAGAUGGUGUUCACCUUGCCUCUACUCACCCGAAACAGCACCACGCGCGUGACCCGGCGCUCCUCGCGACACAGGCGGAGUCUACACCGAGACAGGAUGACUGUUAAAGCCACCCUCGACGCGCAACACUUGGCCGAUAUCAUUGCUAGGCUGAAUUUGACUGCCAAUUCCCGCGACCACAUCACCUACUACGACAGGAUACCAGACCACAUAGAGCUGGACUUCAACAACCCCAUACACAUCGCGCCAGAAGACACACUCAUCAGGAAGCCUCCUAGACCUACUUGGGACUGA